AAACCAGGACCUUCAUCAAAUCAAAAUAAACUGAUGAUCAUUUCCAUACCUUAAAACUUGGUUCUCUGGGAAAAUGACUGAGAGAAAGGUAGCCAGUGAAGACGAACCAGGGGAGAAAUGGGACAGGUGUAUAGCUGACGCCAUUGUCAAGACAGGGACUGGUUUUGGUCUUGGACUGGCCUUUUCGCUUCUCUUGUUCAAACGUCGACCGUGGCCAGUAGCGUUGGGGAGUGGGUUUGGUCUGGGUUACGCCUCAUCAAAUUGCCAGCACGACUUCAGAAGACUACCGAGUGUCUACCUCAGACCUGUAAAAGUUACGUCACCAGCUGAGAUCAUAGCCACGCAAGCUCCACCCACUUCGUCUGACGCCUCUGAACAGACCACACCCAUAACAGGCUCUGACAAGCCCAAAUAACUCUUAGUUUGGCAUAGAAAUUUAGGUCAUGUUGUUAGCCAUUUUUGUGCUUGUUAUAAUUAAUUAUGUUGAA